AAACCCUCCGUCAAAGCUCUCGAUCCAUCCAUCCAUCUCCAUUCUGCCCUGCAUUGGCUGAGGCUGCUCUUUGGUUCGCCGAUUGGUGGUGGUGGAGGUGGAGGAGGAGGAAUCUCUGCUCCGCCAGCCCCCUUCUCGAUUCGCUUUAAUCCCUCCUCGAAUCAGAUCCCCCUUUUCGGGAUUCGAAGAUGGUACUCUGGGUUUUCGGCUACGGGUCUCUGAUUUGGAACCCGGGAUUCGAGUUUGAUGAGAAGAUAAUAGGUUUCAUCAAAGAUUACAAGCGUGUUUUUAACCUAGCUUGCAUCGACCACAGAGGCACACCAGAGAAUCCUGCGAGAACCUGCACUUUGGAACCCACGGAAGGAGCCAUUUGCUGGGGUGCUGCUUAUUGUGUCAGAGGAGGCCUGGAAAAGGAAAUAGCAGCAAUGAAGUAUUUGGAGAGAAGAGAAUGCGAAUAUGAUAUCCAAACUCACUUGGACUUUUACAGAGAAGGAGAGACUUCCGAACCAGCUUUAACAGGAGUCUUAGUAUUUAUAUCGACAAUGGACAAGGAAGCCAAUAAAUAUUAUUUGGGUCCAGCUCCAUUGGAUGAAAUGGCAAGCCAAAUAGCUACGGCCAAUGGACCUUGUGGAAACAACAGGGAUUAUCUCUUUUUGCUAGAGAAAGCAAUGUCGAACAUAGGUCAUGAAGACGACUAUGUAAUCGAGCUAGCCAAUGAAGUGAGAGAUGUGCUUGACAGUUUGAAAGUUCAGACGCCCGUUGACGUUCAGUCUCCUACUAAAGUUCUGCCUCUUAGAAGUUCAGUCGCCUACUAAAGUUCCGCCUCUACGCACACGCACUGGAUUCACGAAUCGAUUUACAAGGAGAAAAAACACAAAGAGCUCGGUAUUUGCUGAUUAAUUUCCCACUUCCUUUAACCAGUUGCAUCUAACAUCACUAGCUCUAAAGCUUCACACCAAUUGCUAGAGAGAUUAUUGUUGUCCACGGGAAUCAGAAAUUGUUUCAAUUAUCAUCAGUAGUAGGGAAAAGGGCUUAAUGCGCCUAUACUUCAUACUCUCAUUUUUGACUUUAUACAAAGGGAAAAAAAACUGCAUCAUCUCAUCUGCCUGCCAA